ACGAAUUUUUCUGAUAAGCCUUGUGCCCAGAUGGAUGUGAUUACUACUUUCACAUUACUUCCUAUAGUCAGUCACUGAUCGUAAUUUCAACUCUGCAAUCAAGUCUACUUGACGAGCUCCGGAGAUAAACGACAACAUGGGGAGAAAAAUCCGUAUCCUCGGUCUUCAUGGAUACGGCACGAGUGGAGCUAUCUUUUCAUCGCAAACCACAUCCUUCCGCCGCUUCCUCCAACAACAACAACAACAACACGACCAAACCGGAGAUGGCGACGAAUUCGACUUCGACUUCGCCAACGGACCCCUCGACUCGGGUCCAGCAGCGGGCAUAGAACUCUUCUACAACCCUCCAUAUUACCAAUGGUGGCCCGCCGACCCAACGCUGGAAGACAUGACAAAAGCGCGCGAAAGACUAAAAAUCUAUCUUAAACAAAACGGGCCCUACGACGGGGUCAUCAUGUUCUCGCAGGGCUGCACGUUGGGUGCUAGUCUGCUAUUAGAGCAUUAUAAAGAAACGCCUCAAGACCCGCCGCCGUUCAAAUUCGCAAUCUUUAUCUGCGGUGGACCGUCACUUAAACAGUUAGAAGCCGAGUUUGGAUUCACGAUUGAUGCGGAAUUAUGGGAAGUUGAUCGUGCGUCGCGCAAGGCGCUCGCGCGCCGAGCUGAUACAGCCGCUAUCCUGGCACAGGGCUCGAAUCGAUGGCAGAAUGAUGUUAACGAUAUAACCGAUUACUCAAUCAAGGAAUUAGUACAGAUGGUUCGCGGACCGUAUCAGAUCAGAAUUCCUACUGUGCAUGUUGUUGGUGCCAAGGAUCCGAGGAAUUUGGCUGGUCAUCAGUUACAUGCUCUCAGUCAUCCGGAUAUUACUAAGAUUUAUGAGCAUGAGGGCGGUCAUGAUAUUCCUAGAAAUGAGACCACAAGUACCACUAUUGCUAGACUGGUGAGAUGGGUGUCUUCGUCUAUGAUUUGGGAUAAGGCGAAGCAGAUCAAUGGUAUAUGAUCGGCUCUUAUUAUCAUUUUGAUCGCGUGUUUAUAGCAAUAUGCAUAAGUCAAUAGAAAAAUUCUAUAGAUAUCAAUACAUUACCCUUACUAAGACCCACGAACGCAAGCAGAAGCUAUUUUUUUUUUUUUUAAAACCCCCCAAAGACGUCACGGUGUUCUAGCAAAUCCAUCAAGCCCAAUGCACCAUACAUGCAAAUUAGCAUAAGGUAUCAGGUGUACGUAUAGCCAAAAAGAAAAAAAAAUUCAUCCCCAAAGGCGCCUCUAAACGGUGAGGUAAGAUAAUUCAACAUUCUGAUUAGACAGCAGUCUCUUCACUGUCUAUCACCCCAGUCGGCUGAGUCUUCGCCUUGACUUCCCGUACCGCGUCUCGCUUCUCCCGGCCAUAUCGAGAGAAGACGCCAUGCUUGUCGUUGUGGUUUUGUGAGGCGAUCAAUAAAUAACAGCUACCGAUAGUGGCAAUCAUGCCAGGCCAGAGAAGGACGACGGAAGCAAUGCAUUUAGGAUUGUGGCGGUAGU